GGUAAAUUAAGGGAUCGUUGAGUUGUGCGUGCAUACUUGCUGAGCUCUAUCCAGGCAUAAGAUUGGAGAAGGCAACGCCUCGUAGUCGUCCGAUAUCGCUAUAAAUUAUAAAUUUGACUUAUAAAGGCCUCAAUAUGCGUGAAUGUAUCUCAGUACACGUCGGCCAAGCCGGUGUCCAAAUGGGCAAUGCAUGCUGGGAGCUGUAUUGUCUUGAACACGGUAUUCAGCCUGAUGGCCAAAUGCCGAGCGAUGCAACCCUAGGAGGGGGCGAUGACUCUUUCAAUACCUUCUUCAGUGAGACAGGGGGUGGCAAACACGUCCCACGUGCUGUAUUCGUUGAUCUUGAGCCAACUGUAGUCGAUGAAAUUCGAUCUGGGGCCUACAGGCGCCUCUUUCACCCUGAGCAGCUGAUUACCGGCAAGGAGGAUGCGGCCAACAACUAUGCCAGAGGACACUACACUGUUGGUAAACUAACUAUCGACCUAGCCUUGGAUAGAAUUAGAAAGCUGGCUGAUCAAUGCACUGGCUUACAGGGAUUCCUAGUCUUCCAUAGCUUCGGUGGUGGCACUGGAUCCGGAUUCACAUCACUCCUCAUGGAACGCUUGUCUGUUGACUACGGUAAAAAAUCCAAGCUUGAAUUCGCCAUCUACCCAGCACCCCAGGUAUCCACCGCGGUUGUUGAACCAUACAACUCUAUCCUGACAACUCAUACCACGCUGGAGCACAGUGACUGUGCAUUCAUGGUUGACAACGAGGCCAUCUAUGAUAUCUGCAGACGUAACUUGGAUAUUGAACGCCCAUCUUACACCAAUUUGAAUCGGUUGAUCGGCCAGAUUGUGUCUUCAAUCACCGCCUCUCUUCGUUUCGAUGGUGCCCUAAACGUCGACUUGACCGAGUUCCAGACAAAUUUAGUCCCCUACCCUCGAAUUCACUUCCCUCUAGCAACAUACGCGCCAGUAGUCUCCACUGAGAAGGCCUAUCACGAGCAGCUCAGCGUCGCUGAAAUCACUAACGCAUGUUUUGAGCCCGCAAACCAGAUGGUCAAGUGUGACCCCCGUCAUGGCAAAUACAUGGCCUGUUGUCUUCUCUACCGAGGCGACGUAGUACCAAAAGAUGUCAAUGCUGCUAUUGCUACUAUCAAGACCAAACGUUCCAUCCAGUUUGUUGACUGGUGCCCAACUGGGUUCAAGGUUGGAAUCAACUACCAACCACCAACUGUGGUUCCUGGUGCUGAUCUAGCUAAGGUACAGCGUGCAGUGUGUAUGCUUAGCAACACAACAGCCAUUGCUGAGGCUUGGGCUCGACUUGAUCACAAGUUCGAUCUGAUGUACGCAAAACGUGCGUUUGUCCACUGGUACGUUGGAGAAGGCAUGGAAGAAGGAGAGUUUGCAGAAGCUCGUGAAGAUCUGGCAGCUCUUGAGAAAGAUUAUGAAGAAGUCGGCGUCGACUCUGCAGACGAUGCUGGAGAAGAAGGCGAGGAAUAUUAAGUAAUUUGUUGGUGCAAAAGGGCAAAAGCAAUUGCAAUUCUUAACAGUAAUGAGUUUUCUUUUCAUAAGGUGUGGUUGUAAUAUGGAAGACACUCAACUUGAUGUAAAGCAAGUAUUUCAAUUCAUCUGACAUGAAGACCGAGCCGCGUUCAACAACUCCAGAUAUUUUACAUUUCUUUUUUUGUAAAUUAAUUGCAUUAUUGUAUGUUUUGCGAAAUUAUGUUUGUUAUCGUUCUGUGUGAAAUAAAUGCAAUCAAGAAUUUGAAAAACGUCUUCCUCUGAAGCCCAACCGAUCAAUAUCGGCCAUAUAUUUUGCCGAUUAGACGGGUGUCUGGAAACGGCCAUUUAUGAGGCAAGCUCCCAUGCACAGGCAGACAUGUGCACCCACACCAAGUGAGGUGCAAGCAAGCAAGCGGCGACAGCCACCUGUCUCUAAAUGUGUAUGUAAUUUUAUAGUUUACUGUGUAAACUUAAUAAGUUAUGAACAAACUAGCAAAAAAAAAAGAUGAAAAUCAACAGUUCAAUGUCUAAAAACCCCACAACCAAUCAUCCGCGAUAUGCGUGUCUAAAAAUGAAAUUAAUAUCAUGAAAUUUGCAUUCUAACGAAAUGCCGUACCAUAGAUCAUAAAAUGCUUUAUAAUUCUUUGUUAUUUCGGAAUACAUUUGCUUGUGAUUUUUAUUAUGUGUUCAGGAAUGUAUUGUAAUCAUUAUAUAAUAAAAGCAACUAGCUUGCAUCAGUAUUGUGUUGA